AUGAAGACAGAGGUUGAGGUUGAACCCUCAAUGAAUCAGGCCAUCAAGUGUAGAGAAAAGACCACAGCACAGGGUACUAUGCCAGUAAAUAUGGUGUACGUCCUCCCCGCCUUUUAUAGGUCAAAAGAAGGACAACCAUGCAGGAUGGAAGGUGACAUCCUGAUCGAAGAACACGUCGUUGCUCUGAUUGGGAUACAUGAUGAUUAUGAUGACAAACCAAGCACUCCACAAACUACUGAUUCAGGCCUAGAGUACAAAGGCCUAGACUCCCCAAAGAAGGAGACCCCUCGAGUGUUCUUCACUAGACCAACCAGGUUGAUGACACGGCACCUGAGACCCCUGUUCAUUUCCGCCAGAAUUAAUGGUGUCCCUUUCAAAAAAGUCUUGAUCGACGGAGGGGCGGCCGUCAACAUUCUCCCAUUCAAAAGACUGGAAAAAAUCGGAAAAAGUAAAUCUGAUCUAAUACCCACUGAGUUAACUGUUUCUAAUUUUGCAAGAACUAUCACUGCAACACAUGGGAUUUUGAUUGCCGAAUUCGAAGUCGGCUCGAAAAAUUUACUGGUGUCAUAUUUAGUAGUCAAUAGUACAUCUUCUUAUCAUGCAUUGAUGGGUAGAGAUUGGAUACAUCAAAGCAUGUCCAUACCUUCCUCCCUUCAGCGGGAAUUGUUAAUGUGGGAUGAGGAGAUAGAAGAUUAUGAAAUGGUCAAAGCAGAUUCUAAGCCUUUCCUGCCUUCAGCCAACAAUGUUGAUGCAAGAUUCUACAAUGAGGAUAUUGCUCCUCUCACUGUAGCUGAACUCAUCAAGAACGGCCACUCUCCUAUAGUGAUGGCCCAGAAGUUCCUCCAGCAGGGCCUGACGUUUUCCUCAGAAGAAUGGGAAAGGCCCCAAAUCUCUUUUACCCAGUGUUAUGGUUAA